AAAAGAGAGUGAGAGAUGCAACAGCACCUGAUGCAGAUGCAGCCCAUGAUGGCAGCCUAUUAUCCCAACAACGUCACUACAGAUCACAUUCAACAGUACUUGGACGAGAACAAGUCAUUGAUUCUGAAGAUCGUUGAGAGCCAGAAUACAGGGAAAUUGAGUGAAUGCGCAGAGAACCAAGCAAAGCUACAGAGAAAUCUGAUGUACCUGGCUGCCAUUGCUGAUUCUCAACCCCAACCCCCUACCAUGCAUCCUCAGUACCCUUCCACUGGCAUUAUGCAACCAGGAGCACAUUACAUGCAGCAACAAGCAGCUCAACAGAUGACACCACAAUCGCUCAUGGCUGCACGCUCUUCUAUGUUGUACUCCCAGCAGCCAUUUUCAGCUCUGCAACAACAAGCCCUGCACAGCCAACUUGCCAUGAGUGCUGGAGGAAGCACAGGACUUCACAUGCUCCAGAGUGAGGCAAAUAAUGCUGGAGGCAGUGGUCAAUUUGGGGCUGGAGGAUUUGCUGAUUAUGGACGCAGCUCCCCUGGAGAAGGCCUGCAUAGGAGGAUGGCCAGUGGGAGUAAGCAAGAUAUGGGGGGUGUUGGGAGCUCUGGAGGCCAUGGCGGAGAUGGCGGCGAGACUCUUUACCUGAAAUCUGCUGAUGAUGGGAAUUAAGAGGUAAAAUGACAGACAUACUGGUCUGUUAGCAUCUGAACUUAGAGAAUUAGGUGAGGAAUAUCCAAUUAGGCGCAGAAAAGAGGAAAAAAAAAAGACUUGCUGCUUAAAGGGCUUGUGUUUAUCUUUGAGUGUUUACCCUCAAACCUUGAACUAUGGUUUUUUAAGUGAGACAAUGAAGUUAUGGUAGUAUAUCAUGUAUAUUUGUGGGCCAUCUUCUUAAGGCGCUUUCCCUUUAUGUUACUUCAAAUUUUUGUGCUCAAUUCGGCGGGGGGAGGGGGUGGGGUUAUAAACAAAAAUCGACUUCUGGUGAAUUGAAGUUGACAUAGUAACAGGCCUCAGUAACUUGUUCCGCUCAGUCUCCAUGGGAUUAACUGGGGCCGGUUCAAACCUUGUAGCUAAAAAGAAGAAACCACAACUUGUGACUAAUUCUCUAAGAAUGACACUGGAGAUUGGAUUCCGAACGAUUUUCAUUAAUUCAGUUCAAAAAAGAUACAAUUCAGCAAGUGAUAUUCGUGAUUUUAGUACAUAAUAUAUAUAUCUUCUGAAUGCCUUAAUUUUGAAUGAUCAUUCAAGUGCAGCUGCUUGCUAGCAAGAAAUACAUUAAGUUUGGUUCAUUCUUCAUUGAUAUGGAAGGAAAGAAUAUAUAAGGUUAUGUGCAAAAAUGCUAGUGAGUAGUGAAACAUCACAAUCACAUAAGCUGAUCUCCAAGAGAAAAUGAAAAACAGAGAAAACUCUCAUACAUAAACACAAGGAGAUUGGAAAGCAGACAAGCUUUCUGCAACUGCUUCCCAUAAGUUAUUUUCAUCACUAAGCUGAUCAAGAACAGCUACAGGGAGAGGAGGGCCUUCUGAAAACCUCAUCACCCUAUCUGCUUUUGAAGCUUCAUGGUUAGAAGAAGAAACCCAGCUGCCUUGUUCAUCAUGAGUGCCUUGUUGAUCAUCAAGAACUUCAAUAUUGGAAUCUUGGCCUGUGAGUUGCUGAACAAUUGCUCUGAACUCAGAAGCAUUGCUGGCUUGGACCAUCAUAGGGCUGGAGAUAUACUUAAUCGUGGGUGCUUUAGCUUUUGUUGGUUUUUUGCUUUGAUCAGAUUGAGGUUGGUGAUGACUAUGGAGAUUUCUAAGU